GGGCAGCGGGGGGAUCCUGCAGGAGGGUGAGGGGCGCAUGAGGAGUACAGUCCUUCAUGGAUGUCUAUUUAUAGUGGAGGUGACUGCCUCGCCGCCAUACACUCACUCACGUGCUGUCGCCCGCCGCUUGUUGCUGUUGUGCUGCAGAAAGUCCGUGAGUCAUGAAGACUGCCGCGAGUGCGAGCCGCGCCCUGACGCUGCUGGCCGUGGUGCUGGCGGCGACGCUGCUCAUGGACGCCGCAGAGGCUAAACGCGGAAAACCUAAGCUUCCUUCGAGUUUGAGUGAAGCCUUCGAAAGUUGCCUGUGUGGCGGCAUCGACAAGGAGACAGAGUGCAGCACUUGCUUCGAUCCAGUGCGCGACAACCCAGAUACUGCAACCUUGGAAGAAAUCUUCGCAUGUCUCGAUACUGCAGGGAUUGAUCGGACUAUCGCUGCAGCGUGCACUGGACGCCAACGCUCUUCAUGCCACUCGUCAGAAGAACGAGGUUAGCAGAAACGGCAGUUUUUGCUGCUGCUCCUGUUGUUGUUCUGGCGAUGCCAGAACAACAUCGGCAAUACAAUCAUGAGGAAACAGACCGAAACGAAACUGAACACGUGUCCCUUCUCCUCCUUUGUCGACAUCUUUAGCUGCACCACCGCCACCGCUUCCACCAGACACUGCCCUCCCUGUUGCCUUCAACCCCUGUAUGCCUGCCUGUCUGUCUCGCACCCUGAGCUUCAAUAAAGCCUCACGAAAGU